GAGCGCGAGGGGUUAACUGUUUCAGAGCAGAGUAAACAAAUCACUUCUGGACCCUGUGCUUUACUCCUUGGCUCGUGGUAAUGUUGUUGUUGUUUGACCCUCCUGAAAUUAGGAACUGAACGGAUUCGGAAACAGCCUCCGACUGUUGGACCAUAGACUGCAGCAUUCAGCUCUGCUCUAGGAGUCACUUUCUGCACACGCCUCAUUCAGUCUUGUAACGUGCCUGAAUAACUAUGAAGUUGUCUUGCUUUUGCAGUGCCAUGCUGCUCUUUCUUCUUUCCAGACUCAGAGACUGUGAUGGCGGAAAUAUCUUGGUAUUUCCAAUUGAAGGAAGUCAUUGGGUAAACAUGGAUGUCAUGAUAAAGGCACUGCACUCUAGAGGCCAUAAUAUUACUAUUAUACGCUCCAGUCAAAGCUGGUACAUCAAAGAGAGCUCAUCUUAUUACAAGACUAUUACUGUUCCAGUGGAAGAAAGUAUCAUUAACAAAGAGUUCAUAACACAUAUCGUUAAAAGUGCCAUGGAUUAUGAAAGAGGCGCUCUUCCAUUGAUGAAUUUUCUUCACUCAACAGUUGGGAUGUUCAGCACGUGUAUUGAAUUUCACGAAAAUGUGUGUAAAUUUGUGGCAGCAAUCCUUGAUAAUGAAGGGCUGAUUAAGAACAUGAGGGCCAGCAAUUUUGAUCUUAUGUUAACUGAUCCUGCCUGGGGUGGUGGUGUCAUUUUAGGCAAAUAUUUGAAUCUUCCAUUGGUCUACAAUGUUCGCUGGCUUAUUUUACAAGAUGCACAUUUUGCUCUUGCUCCUUCGCCUAUCUCUUAUAUCCCUAUAACAGGAACAGGUUUUACUGAUAAGAUGACUUUUCUGCAGAGAGUCAAGAAUGUGAUUUUACAUGUCAUCACACAAACGCAGUACUCUCUUGUUGUGGCGAAAACAUACCAGCCACUGUGUGAAAAAUAUUUUGGACCAAGCAUCAACUUUAACAAUUUAGUUGUUGAUGCAGACAUCUGGUUAAUGAGAGCGGAUUUUGUGUUUGAGUUUCCACGUCCUACGAUGCCUAAUAUGGUCUAUAUGGGAGGGUUCCAGUGUAAACCUGCUCAACCGCUCCCUCAGCACUUAGAGGACUUUAUUCAAAGUUCUGGAGACCAUGGAGUUAUCCUCAUGUCUAUGGGGACGUUUGUGAAUGAACUUCCUCAUGACCUGACAGAUGACAUUGCAGCAGCUUUUGCCAAGUUGCCACAGAAAGUCAUCUGGAAACACAAAGGCUACAGACCGGCCUCUCUGGGAAACAACACUUUACUUGUGGACUGGAUGCCUCAGAAUGACAUCCUGGGACACCCCAAGACCAGACUGUUUGUGGCUCACGGAGGAACAAACGGUGUUCAAGAAGCUAUGUAUCAUGGAGUCCCCGUAGUGGGUGUGCCUGCGUUUUUUGACCAAUAUGAUAACUUACUGCGCCUUCAAGCAAGAGGAGGGGCUAAAAUACUCACUCUGUCCACAGUAAAUAAAAAUAGCUUUCUUAGUGAUAUUCAAGAAGUCUUAUCUGACCAAUCAUACAGGGAGAAUAUGCAGAGACUGUCCAGGCUGCACAGAGACCAGCCAAUAGAGCCACUGAACAGGGCAAUCUUCUGGAUAGAGUUUGUCAUGAGACACAAAGGAGCUGCUCAUUUGAAAUCUGACUCCUACAAAAUGGAGUGGUAUUUCUAUCACUCUAUUGAUGUGGCCUGUUUUUUAGCUGGAAUAUUGGCACUUGUUCUUGUAACCACUGUGAUGUUGAUUAGAUGUUUACUUUAUGUAUUGUGCAAAAACAAAGCCAAACAAGAUUGAUUUGUAAAAUCUGAAAAUAAUCAAAUAAUCAAUAGCACUAUUUUAUGAAAAACAUAAUUUUGUAGAAGCAGCUUUUACCAUGUUCAAAUAAACAAAAAAAACCCAACAUACAUACAGCAGCUUGCGUAUGUCUUUUGGAAUACUUGCACACACACUUGUGCACUUUUUAUUGUGUGUGUCUUGAAGUGGUAAUUUUCUAUAUUUGUUCUAUUUAGGGCUGUACAAAGUAUCAAAUGUGAGUAGUAAUAAUAUGAUAAAUGGAUGCAGAUUGUU